AUGUCUUUUAACAACCACGCCGCUUACAGUCCGACCGCGAUGUCAUCGUCAACUGGACCUUCUGGCCUGUCAAACAGCCUCCUAUCGACAUCUAUAUCCUCUCUAGCUUCUUCUACAUCCUCACGGCAUCCUUCCCAAAUUUCGAAGACCUAUCGACAGGCCUCUACUUUAUUCCUCACGCGUCGUUUGCCUGAAGCUCUGACGACACUACUCCCAUUGAUUACUCCACCCGAACAUGUUGACGACGGCGAGCCUGCGCCAGUUGCUCGAGCAUCAAGAACGACUCGCAUUAAGGUCUGGAGCCUGUAUCUUACUAUCCUCAAUGGUAUUGUCGAGUUAGAACCCGAGGAGGGCAAGGAUGCGUUUGGAAACCAAGAAUGGAGAGCCUUGUGUACCAAAGUUCGCGAAGGAGAAAUAUGGGAUGAGGUAGUCACAAAUGGCUACCAUGGAGUGGAGGGCGAUGUUGACUCCGACGUAGUCAUUAAUCUCGCGACAAUAUUGUUGGCACAUGCCCGUGACCAGAAGCUUAACCAGCACAAACUCGAGGCUUAUCUGGCCGCCUCCAACACACCAAAUCUUGAUGUCGCCGGGCGGCUCGCUGAAUCAACGAGCUCGCCCAUGUCGAAUCGAUAUCGGUCUCCUGCGAAGGGGGCGAGUGGUGCCAACACGCCUAGAGAUCUAAAUGCUCGUGUCAAAAUCCUGGAGUUAUACACCCUCCAUGUCCUCUUGCGCAACAACGAAUGGGAUUAUGCUCGUGAAUUCAUCAGCGUCAGCUCAGUCCUAGACGAAGAGCGCCGUGAAGCCUUCCUGCAGGCAUUACAAAGCCUCCACGAUGAACAGCAAGAACAGGAAAGACUUGAGAAUGAGGAGCGCCAACGACAAGAGAAUGAGCUGAAGAGAGAAAUUGAGGAGGCGAAGAGACUGCGCGCCGAGAAUGAAGAGAAGGAAAGAAAGCGGAUAGAAGAGGAGCGUCUGAAGCGCGAAGGGAGCGAGGUUGAUUACGGGAUUGACGACACAGCUAGCCAUACCGGGUCAACUCGACCUCGGAAGGCCAGAGCUCCAUCAUCUUCGUCGUCGAGGCAGUCAAGGCCCCGAGGGACGAAUCAAGCAGGACCCAAGGCAAAUGGCAAAGCAGUCUCACAGGCUCCAACUCUUACAUCACGCGCUUCCAUGGUUAUCACACAACUGCGGACUAUUAUCGAACAUUUGGGCUCCUCGCUAAACUCGAACCCGAUGUUCCUAUUGAAAUUUCUGGCAUUUGUUAUGGGUUUGAUUCUCAUGUUGAGUAACACCAACAUUCGGGAGAGAGUGAAGAGAAUGCUUGCGGUCUUUUGGUCUAAGGUCAAGGGCACAGCUGGAAUGGGGGUGAAGGUCAGUUACAUUUAA